AUGAAUAACACUGAAAAAAUCAAAGAAGAAAAACUUUAAAUUUCUUAAUCUCAAAUAGCUCCAUAAGAUAUAAUUUAAAUUAUUUAGAAUAAGUAUGCAAGAAAGCAAAAUUAACAAAAAGAUUGUAUAAAUCUAUACAAAUAUUAGAGAUAAUCAUUAAUGAAAUUCCUGAAUCAUCAAAAAUUAUUGAUUCUACACUUCAAAAAUAAGAUAGCUAACAAUAAUUAAUAUUUCAAGAAGACAUUUAUGCAAGAAGUUUAGAAAUUUUUAAAUUUAGAUUCAUUUAAGAGUAUAGGUUGCAUUUGUAGAAUAUGUGAAUUUACAGAAUAUAAAGAAAAUCCUCUUAUUAGAGUAUGUAAAUGUAUCAGAUCACAAAAGUAUGUUCAUGAAUAUUGUUUGAAAAAACAAAUAAUAAAAUAAUAUCGAAAUAAACUUCAUGAAGCAAAAUGCCAAAUUUGUUCUGAUACUUAUUAAAUGGAACUCAGAAUUGAAAAAAUAUUCUCUCCUGUAAAUGAUAAUUUUACUUUAUAGUAAAUUGCAUGGUCAUAAAGUAAAGAUAAAUUACCCUUAUUUUGUUUAUUGGUGUUUUUAGUUGUAAUGAUAGUUGUUAUAGUAUUACUCGGAAUACGAUUGUAUGAAAUUAUUGUAAUUUAGAACAGAGGCUUAGUAAAUUACUGAUAGAAAAAAUAUUCUUGAUUCUCAAUUAUUCUUAAUAAUAUUUAUAGGUUUUGCAGUUAUAAUAAUUUUAAUACUAUUAUUCUUAAUUGCUUUGAUUAUCAAGGGGUUGUUAAUUGUAGAAAAAAUUUUAUAUUGGAAAUUAAUUGAAUAUCAACCACUGAAGAAAUCUAUAUUAAAUAAAAAUAUUUUGAUUUCUGAUAUUUAAUAAUCAUUUCGAAAAUCUAAACAAUUUGACGAAUAAGAAACCACUCAAAAUAGAAAAAAUAAUCAUCUAAAAACAUUUAAUAUACAAUAAAAUAAUCUAAACUAAGAAGUUGGUGAAAUAUUUACAUAAAGAAAUUAACAAAAAUAAAUUAAUACUAAUAACAUUCUUAGUAAUUAAACUGAUCCUCGAUAAACUAAAAGAGCUAGAUUUUCAAUCAUUUGA